AUGUUGAUACCCAACGUCACUUGGCUGGACCUAUGUCUUGCCGGUAUUGGAGCAGACUUGGUCAUCAAGCAGAUAUGGCCUCAAAUCAAACCUUGGCUCACCUUUGCGGAGUGGGGCAAGAAGUAUGGUCCUAUUUCGCAUGUUGAGGUCCUGGUUAAGAGUGCGGUGGACAUGUUAGACAAGAAAGGCGCGGUGUACUCUGACCGUCCUGUUCUGCCUAUGGCUGGAGAACUUGUUGGCUGGAAGCCCAGUCUGGCUCUUCUUCCGUAUGGUGACCGCUGCCGCCAGCAGCGCAAGAACAUACACCAAAUCAUGGGCAAUCGCGCCACCUUGGAAGUCCAUCACCCGAUCGAGGAGAUUGAGACUCGCCGAUUCCUGAAGCGUGUGUUUUCGAACCCAGAACAACUUCAAGCCCAUGUUCGACACACAGCUGGCGCUAUCAUUCUGCGAAUCUCUCACGGUUAUGAGGUACAGGAGAACAACGAUCCAUUUAUCGACCUUGCGGACUGCGCUGUGGACCAAUUCUCGCGGGCCACUGCUCCUGGCGCCUUCAUGGUUGACAUCAUGCCAUUCUUGGCCAACGUCCCCGGGUGGUUCCCUGGUGCUGGCUUCAAAUGCUUAGCCCGUGAAUGGUCCAAGACUCGCGAGGAUAUGGCUGCCAUACCCUACAAGUUCGUUAAGGAUCAGAUGGCUGCUGGCAUCGCCCUGACGUCUUUCACCUCAAAUCUGUUGGAAGGCCAUACUUUAUCUGCGGAAGAGGAUGUCAUGGUGAAGUGGUCUGCUGCAACCCUAUACGCUGCUGGUUCCGACACGAUAGUUUCUACAAUCUACUCGUUUUUUCUUGCUAUGACACUGUUCCCUGAUGUGCAGAAGAAGGCCCAGGCUGAAAUAGACGCUGUUGUUGGUCCUGAUCGUCUUCCCUCCUUCGCAGAUCGUGACUCCCUCCCUUAUACUGAGGCGCUUGUGAAGGAAGUCUUCCAUUGGAGUGUUGUCGGUCCUACUGCUGUCCCCCAUUGCGUCACUGAGGACGAUAUCCACGACGGGUACCACAUCCCAAAAGGUUCCUUGGUAAUACCUAACAUUCGGUUCAUGCUCAAUGAUCCACAGACAUAUGCUAACCCCUCGCAAUUCAACCCUGAACGCUUCUUGGACAAUAACGGAAAAGAUCCUGAACUCGAACCUCGCACUAUCUGCUUUGGUCUCCACCUCGCUGAUGCUUCCGUCUGGAUAUCCACCGCAAUGUCACUCGCAGUGUUUGAUAUCUCCAAGGUCGUUGAGAAGGGUGUUGAGAUCACCCCUGAAGUUGACCAUACAUCAGGCACGAUCAGCCACUCCCGGCCGUUCAAGUGCUCUAUUAAGCCUCGUUCUACAAAAACCAUUGCGCUCGUUCAGCAGGAUGCUAACUACUAA